UCUAACGCUUCCCCUUCCCCACAGCUCGCAUUGCCAUCCAUUUUGGGCGGGAAGAAGUACGAUAAGGAUUCUAUCAAUAAAUUGAACUCCAUUCCGUUCGAAAGCUUGACGGGCGAGAUCGUGAACUUGUCCAAAGACCAAUACGGCUGUCGCUUCUUGCAGAAGAAGAUCGACGAGAACCUGGCUGUCAACUUUGAGGUUAUUUUCGGCGAGAUCCACUCUAAAAUUUACGAGUUGAUCAUUGAUCCGUUUGGGAACUAUCUCAUCCAGAAGUUGAUUAGUCUCUGUGACGAGGCAAAGUUGAACACGAUGGUCGAAAACUUGUCCCUCAACUUGUUUCAGAUCAGUAUCAAUCAACACGGUACCCGGGCCCUACAGAGACUUAUUGAAUUCUUGGACACCGAAUACCAGUACUCGCUUAUCAUUGCCGGGUUGUCCAGCUACGUCAUUGACUUGAUUAAGGAUUUGAACGGGAAUCACGUGAUUCAAAAGUGCUUGAACAAGCUCACCACCACCAACUGCCAGUUUAUCUACGAAGCUAUCGCCGGAAAUAUUGUUGUGGUGGCGACCCACAAGCACGGCUGCUGUGUCUUGCAAAAGUGUUUGAACCACAUCGACAAUGAGGCGCAGUUGAUUCCGUUGGCGAGCGAAAUCAUCAACCACUCCAGCAAUUUGAUCAAGGACCAAUUUGGGAACUACGUCAUUCAGUAUUUGUUAUCGUUGAACAAAUUUGAGGCGACCGUGGGAAUUUAUCAUCGCAUCAAACACUCCAUGGAUGACUUGUGCACCCAAAAGUUCUCCUCCAACGUGAUUGAGAAAUUGUUGAAGAUAUGCAAGAACAACGACUCGGUGCCGCCCCUGGACUUUCCGGCGAUCCAAAACUUUAAGCAAUUGAAGAACCACUUGGCUUACCAGAUCUUGAACAAUGGGAACUUGAACAAGUUUGUCAAUGAUCCCUUUGGUAACUACGUGGUCCAAACCUUGAUAGAUGUGGUUCCAAUCGAGUACCAAUCUGCGAUUAUCCAGCAGUUUUUUGUGAAUUGCAAGAUUUUGACACCUUUUGGCAAGAGAAUCCAAUCGAAGAUCAACACAAUUUUGAAC